UGUUCAGCCUGAAAAUAUUACAUCUGUACAACAAGUUGAGACGAAACUGAAGGAAUUACAACAGUUUCCAAUGAAUUAUGUGAAAGUCUUUCAAAAGAAUGGAUUCUCCUCAAAACUGCUCAAUCAAAUUUCCAAACAAUAUAUAAUGAAUAUAAUAAUUUAUUAAAAGAAAUGGAGUCUAUUAAUACUGCAAAUAAACUUAAUGAAGAUGUUCAUCAAAAAGAAAUUGAGAAAAUGAAUGCUGACAUGUUGAAAAAAGACGAACUUCUUCAAUUGAAAAGUGAUGAAAUACUUAAAAAGCAAGAAGAAAUAGAUAACUUAAAGAAGGAUCAACCUGAAAUUGAUGUUUUAAAACAACAGUUGGAUAUUUACAAAGAAGACUUUGAAACUGAAAGAAAAGCUAGAGCAACAUUGGCUGGAGAAAAAGACAAUGCUGUUUCUGACUUACGUAAGCUUCAGCAACGUAAUGAAGAACUUCUACAGCGCUUGAAAAAUAUAGCAGAGCAAAAUAAAUCAACUGCUGCACCUACUGCACCUCCAAAUGACAAUUCUUCUUCCUCCACACAGUUUCAGAUGGUUUAUCCAUGCCCUAUAUGCCAGUUUGCGUUUUACACAAUUCAGGCACUUGAGAAUCAUGUUGAACGUUGUCUCAAUGCUCAAGUGUGAAUGUAAUCUUAAAUCAGCUAACAUCAAAAUUAUCAUUUAGUAUUAGAGGUAAUUAAGAAAUAUUAUAUAUUUUUAUCUUUGUUUUUAUAUGAAUUUGUCAAAUGCUGCACUGUUUUAUCUAAUUCUUUAUAUUCUUGACUUUUAUUCUUUCGUAUAAAUUAUUUGAUGGCUGGAAAUAAUUAUGAGAGUAAUAUUGCUUUUUUUUGAAAGUUGGAAAAGACUUUUUUGAUAAUUUGGUAUGACAGACUUAAUGAGAGUGUUUGUGUACUUUUAAAAUCAAUAAUACAUAUAUUUAAUUAAUCUACAAUA